AUGUCCGCGCCGUCUGCCCCAUCUGUCAUCGACCUCACCUCGGCCAAACACGUCCAAUUGCAGCAUUGGAUUGAUGCCAUCAAUCAGAACACGGGCAAGAAGUUGAUCGCGCUCUCGGGGAAGGUCGACAAGCUGUGGGAGUGCAUGGCCCGGCACUAUGGCCUCAAUCUUGCCCAGGCAAUCGAGCCCGCAUCGCCUGCCUCCAGCCCACACCCCAUCAACGAGGAGAUCCAGUGCCGGCAGUGGGCGCAUCUCCGUGAUCUCGCUGACGAGUGGCGAGAGAAGGCUGCGCGGGCUCCCUUGCUGGUGAGCCCUGGCCUUUCGACUCCCAUGGCUGCAGCUUCCUUGGCAAGCCUGCCCUCGACACCAUCACACCAGGCCAAAAUGACAUUUGAUACUGUCAGGUCAUGGGUUGAAGCUGCACAGGCUGGCAAUCCGUAUGCAAUUGCAGGCCUGUCGGUGGCGCAAUGGCUGCUUGUACCCGAUGGGACUUCUGUUGCCGGGCCUUCCUCGCUAUUGGUUAAUACUGUAUCAAUGUCUAAUCAAGUACCUACUGCCAAUGCAACUACAUCACUAAUCGAGGCAACAUCGGAAGAACUGUUGACACCUUCCAGUGUUCAGGAGAACGACAGGGCCAUUCUCGAUGCAUGCCAGAAGGACUUUGCUGCUCUUGAGCAUGUCACCGGGAUCCAUGAUGUCAUUGCCCAGGUUGAAAACGGGUCUGUUGCAAGACUUCGCACACAAUACGGAGGUACCUGGGCCUGGGAAACCAUCAAGGUUGGCAUCUGUCGUCGUGAAUGUCUUUAUGGGGAGCUGCAGGAUGCAUUUGGAGGUGACAAAGACCACUUUUAUGCAUUCUUUGCUGAGCCACCAGACCUGCGGAAAAGGCGCAAGCAGGAUUCAUUGCAUGCAUACAGGCUUGUGGUUGAAGCCAUUCCUCACUGCAAGAAGGAUAUUGCUCACGAGCAGCUUAAGCCGGAAUACCAAGAUGUGUUCAGUACAUUCUCAGAGCAGUGUUGGUGUGAAAGGUGGAAGAGCAUGAACGAUUGGGAGAUUUGGCGGGAGCUUGGCUUAGAGUGGUAUAGAUAG